CAACAAUGACGGUACGAGGACCCAGGAGGCCAAAAAGGUCCGUAGUCACAAAAUAACGACCGACAUAGAAGACAAGUUUUCACCACUUGUGGCUCCUCAGACUGAUCACAAAUUCCCUUUACCAUGGCGGUCUCGUUCUCCGCCGCGGAGGGUAUCGAGGGUCGGCAGCGCAAGCUUGUCCAAAUUGUGGAGAAGCUGCAGCAAGUGCCCUCGUCUACGGUCCCGGAGUCGAACCUGCUCACCCAGUUGGUGAAGCUGUUCCACCCCAGUCGCGGCCUACCAGUGACCGAAUUCCGCAGCUGCUGCUUCCUCUUGUACCAGAUCGCGCGGCAGAUCGUGCGCAGUCUGCUGCGAGAGGAGUACGAAAAAGUCGAAUCGUCGAGCGUCGAGGACACAAGGACACCGAUUCAGCGCGGGAUUCUUCAAAACCAACAGGGCACGUAUCCCCACACGUUCGACCAAUUGAUCGUCUGCGCGGACUGCAUCGUGAACUGCCUCACGCAGCUCGCUCUGGACUCCGAAAUUGCAACGACCUGGCCGGUGGAAACCCUGCUCGAGUUUCACGUGUUUGCCGUGGAGUUGCUGCAAAAGCAGACCUUCCAAGAACAGGAUAACAACAAGGCACGGCUGCGAAGGAUACGGCAGCGCACGGUGGAAGGUUUCUCCCGCUACGCCGCGAACCAAAGCACAAAUUUACUGGCGCAGCGCAUCCUCGGACACCUGUUUUUGUUCAGUGGCGACAGAAAAAUUGCGCAAGCCUCACAGUCGCCAAGCAGUAGGGGUGUUCUGGCAUCAUCAAAACAUGAUUUUGAUUUUUCGCCAGCACAAGCACCUAUGUUCACUUCUGCACACGAGCUGGAGGAAGAGGAUCCAAUGCGGCUGCCGCGCUUGGUGACCGACCUCAUAUUCCACUUACCCGUCACCGUGGACGAUGUGCUCGAAGCGGCGAGAGCGCUCCUCGUCGAGGAAUUGUGCGCGAUUGAGACAAAAAAUAUAUUCGCACCAGCCACAGCAAGCGAGCCAUUGCUCAAGAAUUACCUUGCGCUUGAGCAAGCGGAUCUCUUCGGAGAAGAUCUUCGCGUCGACCCGUCCACGGGACUCUUCGUGGCAAAUUUGAAUCUGAACAGCCAGGAGCUUCUGCAGCAAAGCAAGCAAACCGCAGUGGAACACAAAUUGGGGCAGUGGCUGCGGGUAGAACGGACACCGAAUAAUUCUGCAUCGGAUGGUAGAGCUGCGGGAAAUGAUCGUGCGAAGGAUCAUCAGAAAGAAGUGUGGUAUGUGAUCGACCCAGUGCAGGUUUUGACGAACGCGAAAGUGCCAGGUAAUGAGAGAAAAAUCCCGCCUGGAUCGGGCACGAGCAACGCAGCAAGCAGAUCUGCGUCUACGUUGAGUUCUUCUAGUAGUAACCACGACCCGCUCGGAUCCGCGCUACAUCACCACCUCUCCCGCAUGCUUGUGGAGGACUCCGCCAACUUGCAGAAAUUUUUGGUGCAGAUUCUGAGGGUCAUUCUUCUUCUCUCUGAUCUUGACAUGGAGGUGCGUACGGAGUUUCAAACCGAGUUUUCCCCAGUGAAGCGAACUCGCAGCAACUACAACUCGGGGUCCGCUUCAGAAAGACAAGACACCUCGACCGGAACGACAGCCACAGACCACACUGCAACUCAAUCGCAGAGCUCACAAAAUAGACAGCAAAAUUCCAACUCCCCGUCGAGAAAAGCGCAGCUGGCGCGGUUCGCGACGCUGGCGAGCCAGCAGACGAAGGGCCCGACGCAGCAGAAGCCACUGAUGGUGCCAAGUACCGGGACUCUAGCGGAGGUGGAGGAGAUGCAGAAGGUGGAGGAGGAUUUCGACGAGAUCGCCAAUCACGAAGCCGUUUUAUACCAGCAGCGGUACAAGGUGUUGGCAAUCUGCGAAAAGUUUGACGCCGACAUCGACCGCGUGAUGCGCGACGCGGACAUCCAGGCCAUGUACUAUGAGGAGAUCAUGUUGCACUUUCUCCUGGAAGUCGCCGACAAACUGCAGGAAUUAAGUCCUGAAAGAAUUCAUUCCGCCGGAGGUGGAGCGGUGCGCACAACAACAGGAGCAGUGAGUUCGUCCUCCUCCUCUUCGUCGCUUUUUGGUGUUGAACACGAACUUCCGCAGCCAGCUUCUUCACCGGCCGUGCUGGGAAACGCAAUGGAAGUGUUUCGGCACAAGAAUCUCGGAGAACUGCAAGGUGGUAAAACGAUGAACAAUAACCACGUGUUUCUAACCGCUGCGGAUUUUGGGAACCGUCGCGCGUCCCCGGCUUUUCAGAAACGGAGGAGCAACAAGUCGAGCUACGCGAAGAGAACGCAACUGGGGACCAAAUUCGUGCAGCCGAAGGAGCAUGCGUUGCCGUACGCCCCGUUACUCGACGACUACGACAGCGGUCUGAUUCAGUACGGUGGUAGGUUGGAGCAGCCCUUUCCCAACUUGAACGAUAGGAUUCCCAGCGGAAGCACUUUUCGGAACAAAAACUUCCCCGAGCUGACCGUGAACACCGUUGGUGGGUACAGAAAUGGCACCGUAUCCGCGCUCGUUACGCCUUCCUCCCGGAAAAAUGGCAAUGCGCAGAUGCUUGCUGGAAGGAAGCAGCAACAAUCUUCUUCGCAAAAGCUGACACAGCUCAAGCUGCAGGCGUACUUCGCCAACCACCGCGGUCUGACAAGCGACCGCGCGGUGCAGGAUUUUUUCCACCCGCAGAAGCACCAGAGGAGGAUCGCAAUCGUGUUCGAAGUCUUCGCAGACCAUUUAGUCGACCUGAAAAACCGGAUCGACGCGCGACAGCACGUGUUCGACGAGAAGAGGCAAACGAUUGUGUCUUUCUCGGAGAACAGCAACGCGAAGUCGCAAGUAUUCGAGAGCAUGGAGCAGCUGCUGUCCGGGGAGCCCCUGUUCCGCGCACUGAGCUGGGCACUGGAUCCGGAGUUUGACGCGGAGAAGAUGCAAAAAGCGCUGCUGAAGCAAUCGGAGCUGCUCCUGUCCGAGAAGACCGCGUCGACCGUCGAAGCGCACGACUGCCAGGAGAAGCUGGUGCACCUGAUCCUGCACGAGCUGGUCCCGUUCAUGCGCGAGGAAAAGCUGGACUACGAUGUCGUGGACAAAAACAGUAAUCAGGCCGCCACCCGAGGCGACAGCAGUACGAGCUUUGACGAAAACGCGCUCAUGCAGGACGACGACGAGGAUGUCGUCGUCGCCACAGCUGCGGCCGACGAUGCAGAAGCGAAGCCAGGAACAAGUCCAUAUAGUUUUCACGUGCCGUCUUCUUCGAAGACGGUCUACCCGUCUUCGUCAUCGGGUGAGGAAACACAGACGACAAAAGACACGACGACGGAGCAGCAAAGUGCUGUGCACAGCAAGUCAUUCUCCUCUUCACGCGAGCCGCGAGGACCGCUUUCCUACGCGAUUCCGCUUCCGGUGUGCGCGCGCGAACUUCACGUGGAAGAGACGUCGUCUGGGGGCGGGAUAGCGAGCUGGUUUCGGGGGCGAGUUGGACAGAAACCAGCGCUGAAGCCGCGCCGGGAAGCAGUUUCUGAAGCGGCUUCCGCAGACACGCCAUCGGCCGCUGCAAACGCGAAAACAGCGCGCGCGGCGUACAUUGUCAGAAGCAGCGAGUGGAGGCGACUGCUGGGCAAAGGACAGCGGUCAGGCGCUGCGUUUUUGACUCAUGUGCUCGCAUUGAUCAUGGUUCAGAAGACAAGUUUUCUUUUCCUUCCGAAGCAGCAUCGUCGAAUUUUGCGCUUUUUGCACUCGCGCUUUUUGACAACUUUUGACGCUGAGGCGGUGUUGACAUUGAAAGACGAGUCAAUAAUUACUGCUCACACAUGAAAACGACGAGCCCUUCUGCAUUUUUGCGGGACAGCACAGAAGUUUCGCGCUGUCUCGGACACAGCAAUGCGGUCUGUGGCGAUUCCGAUUUUGAUCGGGUGAGUGUUUUUUUAGAUUGUUCGC